GAAAAGCGCGGGAGAGGACGAGGAUGUAAACUCAGUGGUCGAUGGAAGGUGUACGGGUGAGGACGCUCUUCAUUUUCUCUCCGCUCUCUCUCCCACCUCUCUCUCCUCUCUGCUGUUACAGUGUGGAUGAGAUCCGUCCACCAGAUGUCUGUAAUACAUUCUAUAUUGAGAAAACUCUAAGAAGAAAGAAGGAAGGAAGAAAGUGAGAUAGUGAGAUAACGCAAGAUGACCAAGUAUUUUGACUUCGUGUGGAGGAAGGAGGUGGACGCCAAGCUGCAGGAAGGCGCCGUAUUUGACAGAUGGACUGAGGAGAAGGAAAGUUACGAAUAUGAACCUAAUUGUCUCUUCAAAGUGGACGAGUAUGGCUUCUUUGUGUACUGGAAGAGUGACGGCAAGGAAGGGAACGUGGCUGAGUUAUCCCAAGUAUCCGAUAUCAGAAGAGGAACGAUGCCUAAGGAUUACAAGCUGGCAGACAAGUUGCUUACCAAACACGGACAAGAUGUUGAGGAAAAGAUGCUGACUAUAUGUUCUGGCCUUGACUAUGUAAAUAUUAACUACAACAACGUGGUCUGCAAAUCGAAAGAAGAAGCUGAUAAAUGGCAGCUGGGUCUCAGAAAGAUAACAAACAACAAUAAAUUAAAUAAUGUGUGUCCCAAGACUAACUUAAUGAAGCACUGGAUGAGGUUAGGAAUGCAGGUGGAUGCAGUAGGCAAGAUUCCCGUAAAGCAUCUCGUAAGAACCUUCGCGUCGGGGAAGACGGAAAAAAUGGUGUACUCGUGUCUGGAAGAAAUGGGUCUGCCGUCUGGAAAGGGGGACAGCAUAGAGAAAGACUCUUUUACCUUUGAUAAGUUUUACAAGCUGUACCACACCAUCUGCCCAAGGACGGACAUUGAUGAACUCUACAGCAGCAUCACCAAGACAGACUUCAUCAGCAUGGCUCAGCUUAUCAACUUCAUGAACGAGAAACAGCGUGAUCCGAGCCUGAACGAGAUUUUGUAUCCUUUGUAUGACGAGAAGAGAUGUACCGAGAUUAUUACAGCUCAUGAGCCCAACAAGGAGAACGUAGACAACAAGCGGUUUAGCAAAGACGGGUUUCUCGCUUACCUCAUGUCGGACGAGAACGCGCCUGUGUUUCUGGACCGACUGGAUAUCUACCAGGACAUGGACCAACCCCUCUCCCACUACUACAUCAACUCUUCCCACAACACGUACCUCUCCGGCAGACAGUUUGGCGGGAAGUCAACAGCAGAGAUGUACAGGCAGACUUUACUGGCUGGCUGCAGGUGUGUUGAGUUGGACUGCUGGGAUGGCAAGGGUGAGGACGAAGAACCGAUCAUCACCCACGGCAAGGCGAUGUGCACGGAUAUCUUGUUCAAGGAGGCCAUCAUCGCCAUCAGGGACUGUGCCUUUGUCACCUCCGACUACCCCAUCAUUCUGUCCUUCGAGAACCACUGUUGUAAGAAGCAGCAGUACAAGUUGGCAAAGUACUGUGAUGAGUACUUUGGUGACCUGCUGUCCAAGGAAGCCUUGCCUGAUAGCCCGUUAGUUCCUGGACAGCCCCUGCCUUCACCCAACCAGCUGAAAUACAAAAUCCUGAUUAAGAACAAACGACUGAAGGCUGAGGUGGAGAAACAAGAGCUGGAGCUGUUUCUCAAGGGUCAGCUGGACCUGGUGGAUGAUGAGGAUGCCAAGGAGGAUGCUUCCCAGCCCACCGCACAGCCCAAGGAGCCCAAGCCAGAAGAAGUACCACAAGAGGGAGCUGCACCAGAGCCCCCCAAGUACUCGGGCACUUCUUUGACAAACAUUCACCCCUGGCUGUCGUCAAUGAUCAACUAUGCUCAGCCUGUCCACUUCAAUGGCUUCGAAGUGGCUGAAGAGAAGAACAUUCAUCACAACAUGUCCUCCUUCUCGGAAACGGUUGGGCUGGGUUACCUCAAAACGCAAGCCAUCGAAUUCGUCAAUUACAACAAACGGCAGAUGUCCAGAAUUUAUCCCAAGGGUGCACGUGUCGACUCCUCUAACUACAUGCCCCAGGUCUUCUGGAAUGCCGGCUGCCAGAUGGUGUCACUUAACUUCCAGACAUCAGAUCUACCUAUGCAGUUGAACCAGGGCAAGUUUGAGUACAACGGAGGGUGUGGGUACUUGCUCAAGCCAGAUUUCAUGAGGAGACAAGACAGGACGUUCGAUCCCUUUGCAGAGUCCCCAGUGGAUGGCGUGAUUGCUGCCCAGGUUGCUGUGACGGUCAUCGCAGGUCAGUUCCUCUCGGACAAAAAGGUGGGCACAUACGUAGAGGUGGACAUGUACGGCCUGCCCACCGACACCAUCAGGAAGGAGUUUAGAACACGUAUGAUUCCUGGCAACGGUCUGAACCCAAGCUACAAUGAGGAGCCCUUCCUGUUCCGUAAGGUGGUGCUGCCGGACUUGGCCGUGUUACGUUUUGGCGUGUUUGACGAGAACGGGAAGAUGUUGGGCCAGAGAAUCUUGCCCCUGGACGGUUUGCAGGCCGGGUAUCGACACAUAUCCCUAAGGACUGAAGGGAACUUUCCGAUGUCACUUCCUAUGCUGUUUUGUAAUAUUGAGCUCAAGAUUUACGUCCCUGAUGGCUUGGGGGACCUGAUGGACGCGCUGUCAGACCCCAGAGCCUUCCUGAGCGCGCAGGAGAAGAGAGAGCAGCAGAUGAAGGCCAUGGGUAUUGAAGCCUCUGAUAUUGACACCAAACAGCUGAAGGGAGGCAAGGGUGGGGGUGCCAAGCCUGCCGGUGGUGCUGCGGGUGCCAAGGCCGGCGCUGGUGCCAAGCCUGGUGCUGCCGGUGCCAAGAAGGAGGAGGAGCCCCUUGAGUUUGAGCCAAUCAAUCUUGAGACACUGCGAACCCAGAAGAACUUUUUGAAGGCCACCAAGAAGCAACAGAAGGAGCUGGAGACACUGAGGAAGAAGCACAUGAAGGAGCGGCUCACUAUUCAGAAAGGACAGUGCAGCGCUAUUGAGAAGGUGGCCAAGGGGAAGAAGGACGUGAUGGAUGACCCAAAAAUCAAGGCGCUGGUGACUGACCAAAUGACGCAGUGGUCGGUGAUGGUGGAGAAACACCGUAAGGAGGAGUGGGAGAUGCUGAAGGAACACUUGAAGAGCCAGGAGGACAUUCUGAAGAAGCUCAUGGAGGAGGAACAGCAGGCGCAAAUUAAGAAGAUGGAGGCCAAGCAUGAACAGGAGAACAAGGAGAUGAAAGCAUCCCAGGCGAAGGCAGCAGUGGACACAGCGAAGGACGUGAAUGCCGACAAGACCCUGAAGACAAAGGCGGACAGGGACAGAAGGUUGAAGGAGAAGAACCAGAACAACACAAAACGGUUCAUUGAGGAGAGGAAGAUAUCGGCCAUGAAGCAAGGCAAGCAGAAGGAGAAGCUCAAGAAGGUUCAUGAUCAACAGAUGGGCCAGCUCUCCAAGGACAUUCAGCUGAUGCUUCUAGAACAAGGUUUCGACUGACGCUAGGCUAUACAGUUUUACGAGAACACAGAGGAAGAAUACAAAAUGUGGAACAAAAUUGAAUUCUUCUGUUGAGUCCCACAAGAUGCCAACGGGACUCUCCCCCUCGAGGACCCCAGCUACGCCCCCCCCUUCCAGCAUUAGGACCCCCGCCGCCCAUCCCAGCCGUGCCCAGAUGAGUGCUGAGUGUAGUGGUGGUGGUGGUGGUGGUGGUGAUAGGAGGGAGUGAUGGGAGUGUUGUGGUAGUGAUGGUGGUGUAGUGAUGUUUAUUUGUUUUUUUGUUGUAGUUUUGUUUUUCCUUCUUUCUCUCUUUCUCUUCUUCUCAUUUCUCCUUUUUGUUUGUCGUUUCCUUAUUCUUCAUCAUAUUUCUCAUCAUAUUUCUUUCUGUUCUUUAUUUUUUCUGUCUCACGUUCUGUCAUUUUCUUCAUUUUCUUAUUCUUCUCCCUUUUCUCGCUUUCCUUUUUUCAACUAGUGGUUUUGUAUUGGGUUUAGUUUACGUAAAAAUUAUAUCUAUUCUUUUUUCCUCAUUCCUCAUUCUUCAUAGUUUCCUGCUUUCAUCAUGUUCUCCUUCCUCUAGUCUAUUUAUUCAUCAUAUUUAUUCCACCCAAUGCAUUGUCAUAGGCAAGAUAAGAUUACAUUAGUUCAACCUCAAUGCUUACAAUAUUAGGUGAAAUUAAUUAUGUAGUUAUUUUAUUAUUUCUUCAUUUAUUCAAUCCUGUUAGUUUAUCAUAGGUUAAAGAAUACGUAAGUUUAUUCCAUUAAGUUCCCAAGUGUUACGUAAACUAAUAGGAUGGAUACGUUAAUUAAGUGAAGUUUUCCAGUGUUACGUAAAUUAAAUCUUUUCUUAGUGAAGGUUUCAAGUGUUUGCUAAAUUGAUUCUACUUUUCUUACUUAUUUUGUACUGAAGUUUUCAAGUGUUACAUAAACUUAUAGAUCAAGAAACCAUGAAUUUAUUUAAGUUUUCAAGUGUUACGUAAACUUAUAGAUGAAACCUUCAAGUUAUUUAAGUUUUCAAGUGUUACGUAAACUUAUAGAUGAAACCUUCAAGUUUUUUAAGUUUUCAAGUGUUACGUAAACUUAUUCUCUUCUUUUACUCUUAUCCUUUAACUUACCCAGCGGUGUAUAUUUAUAAUAGUUUCAGGAAUACAAUAAUUUAUUCUCUUAAGUAUACAAUCGUUAUGUAUUUUCAUGGCUGUUAUGUCCAACCACUGGGCAAUGCAUGAAAUGAAAAAAAAUACACAGGGAACAUACAUAGGUUGUAAAUAUGAAUAAGAAUGGUGCAUAAGAUAACAAGAGGUAUGUAGCUGAGUGUAAAUAAGUGAAUAUUUUAUGUAUGACCGGAAAGGAAAGGUGCAUUAAAAGUUUUGUAUAUAUUAAGACAAAAUACGCGAAAUCGGAAGGAAAUCUGUACGAAAAAGUGGUGUGGAGGUAUUUACAUAAGAAAUGUGUAUAAUCAAGGCAUAAAAGAGGUAUAUGUAGAAAUUAUACAAAACGUAAACAAGAUAAAAGGUACUUAAAAUAAAUAUACAUACAUAAAUAAGUGAUACAGAAAUAUAUACAUAUAUAACAUGCGUAAAGUAAAAAAAAUACAUAGAAAUACAUAGAAAAGUAUGCAUUAAAUCAGAAAUACAUAAGGAAAUACAUAAGGAAAUAAAAUCAAUACGUUGAAUUAGAAACAAAUAUACAUGGGAAAGUCUUGGGUACAUAUAAUCCAUUAGAAAAUAUGUACACAUUGGAAAGCUUUGUGUAUGUAUAAAUGAUUAGAAAGAAAUGUACGUAGGAAAGUUUAGUAUAUGUGUGAGUGAUAAUUAUACGUAAAAGAUAAAAAUGACGCUUGAUGAAAAAGAAAGGUGUGGAUAAUAUGUAAAAAAAUGUAUAGAUUGAACGAAAGAAAGAGAAGAAAAAUAAAUAUAAAGGAAAUGUAAUAGAAACGUAAGAAAAUAUGUAAAAAAAUAUGUAAAUUGAAGGAAACAAAAAAAAAAAACAGGAAAUGCAAUAGAAAUGUAGAAAAUAUGUAAAAAAAAUGUAAAUUGAAGGCAAGAAGCAGAAAAAAAUAUAAAGGAAAUGCAAUAGAACCAUGUAGAAAAUACGUAAAAAAAUGUGUAAAUUGAAGGUAAGCAGAAAAAAAAGAUAUUAAGGAAAUGCAAACCAUGUAGAAAAUACGUAAAAAAUGUGUAAAUUGAAGGUAAGAAGCAGAAAAAAAAAUAUAGAAAGGAAAUGCUAUAGAAACUUGUAGAAAAUAUGUAAAAAAAAAAUGUAUAAACUGAAGGAAAGAAGCAGGAGGAGCAUAAAUAUCAAGUAAAUGCAAAUAGAAACGUAUACUUAAUAAACACAGAGAAGAUUUAUACAUAGGAGUAAAUGAAGUGUUGAGAGUAUAUGCAUAAUGAAUACAGAUACAAAACAGGUAGACAGAAAAGUGCCUAGGAACUGUGUAAGAAUUGUAUGCAUAAUAGCAACAAACGACCAUAUUUAAAAAGUAGAAAUAUAAGUAAUGAGUGAUGACAAAUAGAAUGAAGAAAAAAAAACAUGAAUUGGCAAAAUAAAAAAAAUGUACAAAACAAAUUUAAACCACAAUAUGUUAGAGAAAAGGAAAGAAAACGUGUAUAUCAGAAGUACAGUACACAAACAUACAAACACACAAACAAAAAUUGACUGCUAAAAAAAAGUAAAUAAAAAAAUAAUAAAUAAAUAGAUAACAAAACAAGCAAACAAAACAAACUCCAUAAAACAACAACAUACAUAAACAUAUGAAACUGGACAACAACAAUGCUGAUAAACACACAACACAACACGUAAAGAGUCCAAUUAAAAUGACAGUAGGCAAGAUGAGAUUACACAGAUCCAUCAAUUCCACCUGUACACAAACAAACAGGUAAUAGUUAAAACAAAGCAAAAAUUAUGAUAAAGAUAGAAUUAUGUGAGAAAUACAAAUAAAUGUCAAUUGCUUCCAUACAAAAGAUCGCAUUGCCAAAAAUUACAAGAGAAUAUUUACAUUAGAAGCAGAAAUUGUGAUUGAGAAGAUGAAGUUAUGUCUAAAAUACAACUUUUAUGGGAGAAUUUUGCGUAACAAGCUGAAAUUUUGUUUGACAAGAUAAAAUUACGUCAAAAUACAACUUAGUGGCAAAUAUAUCGGAAAUACGCCUUUUACGAAAGAAUUUUACAUAGCAAACUAAAAUUACAAUUGACAAGAUAAAAUUAUGUCAGAUAUAUAGCUAAAUAUCAGUUACUGACAUAGGAAAGAUCACGUCGCCAAAACUUACUAGAGAGCAUUACGUAAAACACUAAGAUACGAUUAUACAAAAAUACAGAUCAGACAUACAUAAACAAAAGAUUAAAACACUCAACAAACAAAACAACAACACCAAAAAACAAAAUCAACUGUAAAAUAAAAAAAAAUCAGAAUUUAAGAACAGGAUAGAUUAUUACGUAAAAAAAAAAAAAAUACUUAGAAGACAAGAUAAGAUUACAUGAAGAAUAUACAGAAUCAAACACAAGAGAACACAAAUGUAAAACCAAGCCAAACCAAACUACUAAAACAAAAUGAAAACCGCCACAAAAAUAGAUCAGCGUUAGAGAACAGAAGAGACAAGACAACAUAGAAAUAAACAAAAACAAACGAAAGAGAAUCCGAACGUAAACAAAAACAAAACAAAACCACAAAAACAAAAUAAAAACACCCUUAAAAAAUAGAUCAGAAUAAGAGAAUAGAAAAGAUAAUUACAUAAAAAAGAUAGGAUUAAAUAGAAGAGAACACAAAUAUAAAAGAAAAACAACAACAACAACAACCAAACAGCCUCCAUACGUAAUACAGAGACAGAGGGGCGUAGAGGGAGGCAGUGGUACGUAAGCUGGCCCUCCCAUCUGUCUGUCUGUCUGUCUGUCUGUCUGUGUGAGGCUGAACCUGUUACAAACGCAUUCCUUUUAAGAGCUUUACUACAGUAGGUCGUUUUGACGUAAUCAACUUUGACUUCUUCCCAUUCGUACGUAAGAUUUUGUUUUGUAUGUAGGCUUUUAGGUUUAAUGUAGAGAACGUUCUAGUACACACACACACACACACACACACACACACACACACACACACACACACACACACACAACGCAAAAAAAAAAAAGUAAUGAUUUAAUCUCAGAAAAACAGCGUAACAUGACUUUCAAAUAUCUACACACACACACACACACACUAGUAACUUUUAUAAAAUUUCAUAUUUGCCAAAUGCGAAAAAAAAGUAUUGAUAUAAAAAAUUGUAGGAGUUUGAAUAUAAUAAUAAUAAUAAUAAUAAUAAUAGUAAUAAUUUUCACACUAUUAAUAACUUUUAAGAUUCAUAAUAACAAUAGUAGUAGUAGUAGGAGUAGUAGUAGUAGUAGUAGUUAUAUACAUUCAUACAUACACCAGUUUUUACGUAUAUUGAAAAGAGAAAAAAAAAUACGUAAAAAAAAUUAUUCGUCAUAUUUCUAGUCAUGCUCUAGUCAGUUUGAUAUAAAGUUUCGCAUAUAUAUACACACAUACAUAUAUAUUUAGAUAAUACGUAUACACACAUAUGUCUUUGUGUAUCCCUGUACAUAUAUAUAUUUAUACAUCGCCCUCGUAUUAACUCUUAUGUAUGGCAUUUGUAAAGGUUGCUUCCUGUGUAGUGCCAAGCUGAGGUUUUCAUACUUGUCCACAUACAUACAUACACACACACACACACACACACAUACAUACAUACAUACAUACAUACAUACAUAAUAUACAAGUCCAUUGAUAGUGCCGGAGUGUGCUGCUGUUUAAGAGAGAGAGAGAGAGAGAGAGAACUGUAUAACUUUCAUUCUUGCCUUUUGUUUAAAUAUCUCUCUCUCUCUCUCUCUCUCUCUCUCUCUCUCUCUCUCUCUCUCUCUCUCUCUCUCUCUCUCUCUCUCUCUCAGAACAGCUAGCAUCUCCUAACCCCUUGCAAGCCUUAACACACACACACACACACACACACACACACACACACACACACACACACACACACACACACACACACACACACACAAGGCAUUCCUCCUCUUCAGUCUCUUCCUGUCAAGUAUUAUAGUGUCCAGAAUUAAGAUAAUGAAUAAUAAUAAUAAUAAUAAUAAGUUUUUUGCCUGGCUUGUGUAUGGUAAGUGCUGUGUGUGUGUGUGUGUGUGUGUGUGUGUGUGUGUGUGUGUGUGUGAAUGAUUGAGUGAUAGGCUGGUUGACUGAGAGAGAGAGAGAGAGAGAGAGAGAGAGAGAGAGAGAGAGAGAGAGAGAGAGAGAGAGAGACUAAACCAAAAAAUAAACAAAAAAAGAAAUACAGAACACACACACACAUACACACACAAGUACUACCAACAGCAAGCCAAACAUUUCACACUGUUGCCAGAAUUCGCAUAACAACAACAACAACAACCACAACAACAACCACCACCACCUUCCCCUCUCCCCUCCCCCCGACCCAUUCCAGUCCCAGUAAUACAUAGCAACCAACCAAGUAUUUUUGUACCAAGUAAGACAAAUAAGAUGAGAUGGCAGAAAUGUGCUUAGGGUUAUUUAUUGACAUUUUAUUUUCAAGUCCACGUAAUUUAAGAAAGACACGUAAGGAAAAAUAUUCGUUAUGUCCGUUUGUUGGUGGUGGGCAGUUUGUGCGGGUUAGGUUUACGUAAAAUUUGGCGCUUAUGUAGUAGGCUUUUGUGUGUGUGAGAGAGAGAGAGAGAGAGAGAGAGAGAGAGGAAAGUAUUUAGAUAGAGAAAAGAAGAGAGGAAAGAAGAAAAACAGUUAGAGGAAGAUGAAGAGAAGAAGAAAAGUAGUAAAUUAUUGAAAAAAAAAUAAAGAGAAAGAUAGAAGAGAAAUGGAGAGAAAAUGGAGAUGAUGAAAGAGAUUGACAGGAAGAGAGAAAAAUGAAGAAGGACAUAGAUGAAGAGGGAUAUGAUAAAUGAGAGAGAGGGAAGGAGAGAUAAUGAUCAAGAGAGAGAUAGAGAGGAAGAAAGAGAAGGAAAAAUAAUGAAUGUAGGAGAGAGAAAAAAAGAGAACAGUGAAAGAGUGAUAAAAUGAGAAGGAAAGAAAGAAAAAGAAAGGAAGGAAGGUAGUUGAAUUAGAAAAAGAGAGAGAAAAGAUAGAGAAAGAAAGAUUAAGUUUACAGAGAAAGAGAGAGAGAGAGAGAGAAAAGAUAGAGAAAAACAAUAGAUGUAGAAAGAGAGAGAGAGAGAGAGAGAGAGAGAGAGAGUAUAUUUUACGAUAAACUUAUAAAAAAAGGGAAAAAAAAAUAAAAAUCUUUGGUCAUCCCUCCCAGACCCUCUCCAUCUACUCUCCCAUUUUCUAUAAGCAUAAAAAAUAAAUAAAAAUAAUCAAAACGUAGGAAAUCAAACCUUUAUUCAUACGUAGUUGUAUAGAACUUAACUGAAAGAAUUAUACAUAAGGUUGAAUAAAUGAAAUAAAUAAAUGCUAUAUAUAUAUAUAUCUGUAUAAAAUAAAAUAUAUAUAUAUAAAUAAAUAAAAAGAAAUGAUCUAUAUAUAUAUAUAAACUUUUAUGAAUUUCUAUAAUACUGUAGUGUUGAGGAAGAUUUAAGUGCGUAAGUAGCCCCGCCUGACCCUCACGUAUACACCUGCAUACUUACACACUGCCGUCACUUGAGUACAGGCCAGGGGUGUGUUGCCGCGGCUGUGCAUUGCUGGGUGUUCAGUGUUGCCGGGGUGUGCACAGGAAACACAGGGAUUGGGCUGAACUAAAGCAAGUUAUUGUGUUCAUUGUUUCAUUUCAAGGUAAAGUUUGUCUUAAAAAAGUUAAAUUUUGUAGCAUUUUUUAAAAAAAUUUUUCUAGUUUCAUAUAUUCAUUUAUUUAUUUAUUUAUUUAUUUAUUUAUUUAAUUAAUUUAUUUAUUUGCUCUUCAUUAUGUCUUUUGUUUCAAGAUUAUUUCAUUUUGAGGCAAAGUUUGUUCAUCAAAAUUGUGGAAUUUUGUGGCAGAUCAGAUUUUUAAAGAUUUUCAUAUUUUUAUUUAUUUUAUUUGUUUAUUUAUUUAUUUAUUUUUUAUGUAUUGGUGAUUUCACUUCAAAAGAAAAGAAACAUAUAUUAAAAAAACUUGAGCCAGAUCUGUUUUUUUUUUUAUAUAAUUUCAUUUUUAUUUAUUUAUUUUUUUCACUUAUUUCAUUACAUUUGUUUCAAUAAAUUUAUUUGUAAAAGUGAACGAAAUUCAUUACAAUGUACAUAUGUACUUGUUAAUUUUAAAGCAUAAUUUUGAAAUAAACAUUAAUUUUGUUAUACUUUUUUUUUUUUCAUUAUUUGUAAUUCUUGGUAUGUUAUUUGGAGAUACAGAUUAAAUACAAGAAGAAAAGAGAAAUAUUAAAAUUUUUAUUCAUGUCUAAAUUAAAGAAAAGAAACUGGUUAUUUUCAUAUCAACAAUUUACACACAACAAACUUAUCUCUUAAUAACACCAAGAACUUACAAAUCUUGCCAAGUUUUGUCUGUAAAUGCCAAACAUUUAUUAAGUAUUCACACACACACACACACACACACCUUAAGAUCUUCACACACACACACACACACACACACACACACACACACACACACACACACACACAAACACACACUCUCUACCCAGACCUCAAUACAUCACAACACAACACAAACACUCCAGACACACAUGAAGCAGUCCAUUUGUUUCUGGCGCAUAACACGUAACACCCUUUAUGUAACAGUAACACAACAAAAUAAUUAAAUAACACCAAAAGCAAUGCAAAUGAAGAACACCCUUAGCGUAACACACCCAAGGUAACACAAGACUAACACAACUGAAUAACAACCUGUACUAGACACUUUCCUCGUAGCACACCUUAAGCGACACAGUAACACCCUUCCCGUAACAGCCUCCUCGUAACACAGCCAAACACAGCCUGAGCAACACCAUUAACGUAACACUUCCCUAACCCCAGUAAGUGUUUGCGGUGCCCCUCCAUGCAUUCCUUGCCACUGCUGCUGUGUGUGUGUGUGUGUGUGUGUGUGUGGUGGUGUGGAACUUGAAAUUAGCUCUGGUUUUGAAGGAAGGGUAAACUUUUUCAUGUGUACUGGUAGAGAACACACACACACACACACACACACACACACAAUAGAAAAACAAGAAUUAUUCGCAUCACAUCUCUUCCGUUAAUAAUAAUAAUAAUAAUAAUAAUAAUAAUAAUAAUAAUCAUAAUAAUAAUAAUAAUGUCAGUAAGCAUGUACACCACCACACACUUCAAGCAAGGCAGUGUGAGGAUGAGGUACAGCAGCAGGAGGCGGGGAAUGCAGGGGAGGGUGGGCCGUAUAGUCAAGACAUUAGCCAGUCAUCCCUUGCCCGUACUGUUGACGUAUCUCAGGCUCGACGUAAUGGUUGGAGGUCCCCGUGAGAGAGAGAGAGAGAGAGAGAGAGAGAGAGAGAGAGAGAGAGAAUUUUUUUUUCAUUUUACUUUAAUUUUGUCUAUUUUCUUUCUUUCUUUCUUUUUUUGGGGGGUGGAUUUGUUAAAUGUGUGUGUGUGUGUGUCAGAGAGAGAGAGAGAGAGAGAGAGAGAGAAUUUUUACUUUUUAUUUUUUCUUUCUCUUCCAGUUAUUUUGUUUUCUUUAUUUUCUUUGGAAAGGUUGUGUGUGUGUGUGUAUGUGUGUGUGUAUACAGGUACCAGUGAGAGAGAAAACAAAUAAAUAAAAAACUGCCAAAUUAUGUAUUACUGUCAUUGUAAGAUAUAAAGCAAGAUACACGUAAGAUAGUGAGUGAGUGAGUGAGUGAGUGCGUGAGUGAGUGAGUGAGGCAAGGAGUGGAGAGUGUGAGAGUGAGGCAGGAAUGAGUGAGGCCAAAUUUUAGCGUCCAUAGUAAAUCAAACUGUUUCUAAAUUGACGUCCUUACCAAACCGUCGACGAAAGACUUGACUCAAAAAAGAAGCAUUGACGAAAGUGAAGUAAGACAAAUGAGCCGAAGGAAAUGUUUAGGAAGGGAAUUAAUAAAACAAAUGAACCGAGGACAAUGUUUAGGAAAGCAAAUUAAAAAAUAUAAACCAAAGAAUAUGCUUUAGGAAAGUGAAUCAAAACGUGAAUAAGUGACGUCAAUGAAAACUAACUGUUGAUGUAAUACGAAAGUGCAAUAGAAAGAAAAAAAAUAUUUGUCACAUUUCGUCUGUCAGUAUACGAAAAGAAAAAAAAAAAACAUGAAAAUGCGAUAGGAGAAAUAAUUAUCUAUGUUGUAUUUCUCCUGUUCAUUAAAAGAAUAAAUAAAUAAAAAUAAAACAUGAUAGUAAAACGAAAAAUGAUUUACACCACAUUUUCUGUUAAUAGAUAUAAAUAAAUAAAUUAAUUAAAUAAAGCACAAUAGAAAACAAGGAAAUAUUUUCAUCAAAUUACAUUCACCACCAACAACAACAAAAAUAAAUAAAUAAAUAGAUAAAAAACACAAUAGAGGAAAACACAUCAUCUUUAUCCUAUUUAUACGAAAAGAAAAAUGAGAAUAAAUGCAUAACUAUAGGUAUUGUUUAUUAAGAGUUUACGUAUAAAGAGCCUAUCAUAAUUUGUCUUAAUACAUAUAGCAAGUGACAAGUGUAAGUGUACGGCGAGUGUAGGAGCGUCUAGAUAUCACCGUAUGACGUAUGAAAGUUCUUACGUACAUGGGGACGGGUGUAGUGAGGAUCAGAGUAUUACAUAGAGUGUAUUACGUCGAAUUGUGAGUGACACAGCCAUUCCUUCCCAAGACAAUAAAGUCCAGGUGACAAG